GGUACCAGUUACUGCCGAGCCCUUGUCUAGAGCGCUAGGUCAGUAGUGCCCAUGUUAGCCAGCAUUGUGAGAGAUACGGGGUCUCCCGUUUGUUAGUGGCCUUGUGACGUGUUAUUACAGUGCCCCUUAAGUACACUCGGGACACUCAGAUACACCCGCCAGACAACUACACGCGCCUACACUCGUUGUGGCACAUGUCUGCAGGGAAAAUGUGCCAGUGUGUCAGUGAAGGUGUGACCAGGUCGGAGGAAACCCGACGGUGAAAAAUUGAAAUGCAUAUUUUUUCAUGAGAUUAAGAAAACUAACAUUACCUCAUUUAAUAAACGUUUAAUUGUUUGCGUAAAUUAUGAUGCUUGUAGAAAAACUGUUAAUGAACCCUAGACGUAGGUGUUUGAGGGUAUAAAUAAUAUUACUGUGUCCCAGUCAAGUGGUCUAGUGAAUACCCGGGUGUUGUGUUGCUCCAGCGAAUGUGUCACGCCAGGGAAGUUCAUCAUUAAUAAUCUGUGAGUGGAGAAUGCAAGAGAGGACGUAUUAGCGGGGUGCACUGCGUCAUGACCACCCCGAUAUACCGACUCCUUCCAGCACUGACCGCAUGGUGGGUGUCUGUGGGGAUGGUAUGGGCGGGUUACGACGAGUACAUGACGUGUGGAAGUGGCAACGAGCGCUAUGGCAGGCAGUUUCACCAUUUCCCUGAACUUCCUUGUGAUAUUUCUAGGAACAGCUGGUGUGAGAAUGCUGGCACCCAGUACCCAUGGAGUGCUGUUCGCCGUUUUGUAUAUGAAAAUCAGGGCCUGAUGAAGCGUAUGUAUGGCAACCAGCGCCACUACAAUGUGCUGAGGGCAGAGUUACUUAAUGACUUGUAUGAAGACAUGUUUGAUGAAAUGCCCACACGACAGCAUCAGUACCGGCAUCCAUCACCACCUAGUGCACGGUCAGCCAGGUACCAGAAUCCCUCGAACUCAAAUACAUUGAACUCCAAAACUGCAAAAUCAGAUAACAAACAAAGGGAUCACCAAAAUGGCCGAGCCAUGAAGGUAACCAUUGAGCCAGAGUACAACAGUAGAGAGCAACAAGUUCCCACUACUACCAUGCCAAAAUCCCAGUCUAAAGCUUCCAAAACUCAGGGAAAAACUACCACAACUGACACAAAUACCAGAAUGAGUGAUACUUCAGGUAGAAUUACCAGUAGUGCAACCACCAAGAGCACCAGAACAACUUCCAGGCAGACUUCUACCACUGGGACCACCACUAGUGACCCCCCAACUACAUUUAUGGACAAUGUACCAACUACAACAAAUAAUCGGUGGAACGAAGAAACCGAAGAUGGAGUAGAAGCAUCACUUACAAGGGAGUACCUGGCAACAGUAGAGAGAGACACCCAACCCACGCUCCUUCCUCCUGAACAAAGAGAAGAAGUUGAUCUCUUUGGAGACUUGUGGACAACACUCUCAGAUUCUUCCACCGACUCCUCUAGUUCAUCCUACACCAACCCUGGGUCAGCUGAGACUUACAGCAGUUAUACAUAUAUAACAGUACCUGAGACCUCUACCUCAGAAUCAUCUACUACCCAUUCAGGUGUACUUUAUGACAACCUUGAAAAUGAUGAUGGCCACUUCAGUGAGGGUUUUGUAUCCACUCCUUUAGAUGAGGAUGAUUUGACAACACUUACCCUCAGUGAUAGAGUUGACCAGGAGAUGAAGAGUAACAAAGAUGGAGUUGAUUUCAAUAAAGAUGAGAUAGACAUUGGCAUAGAAGAAGCUUUAAGUGGAGAUGGAAGUGUUGGUGGAGGACUCCCUAAUGAGGAAGGAGUGAUCUAUGGUGAAGAUGACUCAGUGGCAGAGAGUGCGGGUUUACAGUUGGAAUUACGGGAACAGGUCUUCGAUGAACUGAGGGUCGAAGGGAAUGUUAGGGAGGAAGUCAAGACUGAAUCACCUGAGGAGCCUCCUAGAAUAAAGAGACCGGUUCGUGGGAUAAAUGCUUGUCCAGUCAAGGAAGAGUUCGUAGCACCUUAUUGGGCCAACAACACACGUGGAGAGACCCUCGCCCUUCUCAACUUGUACCCCUUCGAGCAGUUUGUCCAGUGGGAAAGAUGCAUGUAUGAGCACCGUCAGAUGUACUGCAGAGCUGGGUGUCGCUGUGAGCAGCAGUACCGCCUGCACAAACUGUUAGCCUUUGACCCAACUAACGAAUGCCGUGGUAUUUUCAGUGACUGGUUCCGGUUCCCAUCAUGCUGUGUGUGCAAGUGCUAUGAUCUCCCCCAGGACAUGUUCACCAUGGCGUCUUCAUCCAGAAAACCACGAGUCAAUCAAGAUGAAGAUGAAGAAGAAGAAUAUGGUGUUUACUUUGAUGACGACGAUGCUGACUCCAAGGAAGAGGAAGCCGACUCGGGAGAUAAACGCAAGCACCCUCCUGUCAAGCCAGGCCCUCCUCUAGCUAACAUACCUCCUCAACGCCGACCUCGCCUACCCCCUAGACCUCAUUCUCAUAUUGCUCCACCAAGUCCUGGCCUUCUUCCACCACCACCUUCUCCAAAUACCUUACCUGUUAGAUCUUUCAGUUCUUCAAAGCCAAGCAGCAUGCAGACAAUACCAACAGAGUCACCUGAGGUAUCUACUUUAGGCACUGUAGAUGUUGCUACUCCCCAUUACUUCUUUAAUAUCUCAAAUUAUGCCCAUGUUCUCUUUGCCAAGGGUCACCCACUACCUCUUUCAAGAGUACCAAGAAGUCCUGGGGUUUAGGUCAUACACUGCUCAGUUUUCAUCUUAUUAAAUGAAACUUAUUUAAAAUUCUAAUGCAGCUGCAAAUAGUGUAUAUUAAAUUAAUGCAGUUUUUAUAUAAAAUAGCAGAUACAGUAUUUUCAUAUUAAAAUGAUAGUUAAUUUUUGUAGUCAUUCAGGGUGCCCAAAUUAGUUGUGGUGAUUACAUUUAUAAAUUGUUCAUACUCCAUCAGUUAUUUAGGAUUUUAUAGCCAUAAUAGUUUAAGAAUAUAAUACACAGGCAGUACCCGAGUUAUGAACGACUGACUUACGAACACCGCACUUACAAAUGGGAUCCCAAUACUGUAUAUUCAUCACAAUAAUCUGAAACUAAAAUCUCAAUUUUUCCACAAGUUAAUUAUUCUAUAUUGUUUAACGUCCCUUUAUUUACAUUAUUUGUUAUGUUGGGGAUAUUAACGUUGUUUUGUAAGGGCAGGGUUAUGCUUUAACCUAACCUAACCUAACCUAAUCUGUGGAAUUAACACUGUUCCGACUUACAAACAGGGUUGAGAGACGUAACCCAUUCAUAACUCAGGGACUGCCUGUAUAUAUGGCAGUAUACAUUGUUUAACUUAUUUGUUAUUGUAAGUUAAUGGAGCUGGUAUCCAUUACUAUUUUAUAGAAUAUAUAUACUUUUAUUUACAUAGACUACUGUAGAAUACUAGAGUAUAAAUGCAGUUCAUUGGAUUAUUUAUACAGGUAUAUGAAAUUUUCCUAACAAGGCAGGUAUGUACUGUACAUGAAACCAGACUUGUUGCAAAACUGAAAAAGUAAAAUUAUAAAUGAUU